AUGUUGACGAAGGAGGAGCAGCUUGAUGUCGGCCUCCCCGAACAUGUUGUGCUCAACAUUCUCUGUCGGUUGCCAUUCAAGUCCUUGAUCCGCUUCACUUGUGUCUCUAAACGCUGGCGUUCUCUUAUCAUUUCUGACCCCCAAUUUGCCAACUCCCAUUUCCGACUAGCAGCAUCUCAGCUCCGUCGAAAUGUCCUCAUUGCCAUCCACCCUUACCCUAUCUUGAUUUCAGAAGGUACACUCGGAACAACCCCUACUAUGUUACCCUCUCCAUUUCAGUCCUUAGACGAUAACUUUUCGGUCAAAAAUCUCACCUUCCCAUCCGAGCCGAAUAGCGACAUUGUAUUUAUGGGCUCCUGCAAUGGUUUGGUAGUUUUAGGCAAGCUCUAUCUCUAUGAUGAGGAACUUCUAGGCAAACUGUAUUCUGAUUUUUCUGACAUGUUGGUAAUCUGGAACGCAUCCACUGGAUUCGUCCGCAAAAUACCUAGUCCAAAUUGUCAGAUUGGGAUGAUAUCAUUUUAUGGUUUUGGUCAAGUGUUGCCCUCCGACGACUAUAAACUUGUUCUGAUACUCGAUGCUGGUGGUCUUAUGGAAGUACAUGUGUUUUCAGUCGGAGCCAACUGUUGGAAAGUUGUUAAAGCUCCUGACUUGUUGCCAUCCCCCAUCUGGUCUACAGCAUUGGGGACUUAUUCAAAUGGAGCAAUUCAUUGGGCCAGUUUUCGCAAUCCUGAGACUUUCCAGCGACCUGUCUAUGCUUUUGAUUUGGCAAAUGAGCAGUUUCGGGAAAUGCCAUUGCCUGUUCUUAGCCACAGCGAAGAUGACAUGGAGAGGAUUCGAAUAACAACUCCGGUUCUCGUAGGAGGAUGUCUUUGUGUGAUGUUUCAGGAUAUUGAUGAGUAUAGUGAAUUUUGGGCGAUGAAAGAGUAUGGGGUGCCUGCAUCUUGGGUUAAACUCUUUCGGUUAAAUGUACGUGAUUUACCAGAUAUGCUUGCUCCAUUCUUUAGGCGCUAUUACUGGAAUCCUAUUUUCAUUGCAGAAGACGGUACAUUUUUGUUCCAAAUGAAUAAGAAGGAGGAGUUGGUCAGGAUUAAAUGCUAUAAAGAAGAGAAGCCAGUCUGCACCGGCCAGUACAGUCGUGAGGAGGUGCCGGGGUGCAGGUGUGCAAUUGAUGCCAUUUUGUAUGAUGAAACUCUUGUUUGGAUACCUGAAUGA